UAUGUUCUAAUCACGAAUUGAAGUACUUCAGAUAUUUAUUGAUUGAAUGUUUGAUAAUUUGACUGCUAUGCAGUGCAAUCUGUUUACUGCUGAAGCUAGAACAGAGAACGUUUUGCUGUUACUUAGAAUGAGAGGAAGUUCACUUUGUUUUUAUCGGCAUGCCAUUUAAGACCUUCAACGAUCCGAUCUAUGGGCCAAUAGACUUGGAUGUCAGAUUGGUAAGGCUCAUAGACACUGUUCAGUUCCAACGUCUGCACUAUUUGAGACAACUCGGAGUUGCUUACAGUGUUUACCCAGCAGCCUCACACACGAGAUUCGAGCACUCGAUCGGGACUUGUCAUCUUGCUGGCGAAUUGUUAGAGAGCCUGCUGAAAGUUGCGAAAGAGAAUGAACAAGUUAAACGAACGGAAACUGACGAAACUAUUGGGAUUGAAAACGAAAGUAUAACGGAUGAGCGGGAACGUUUGAUCAAGGUCGAAAGUCCUUUUAGUGACCGAGAUUCGGCUAUUGGGAUUGAAGUACAGAGUAACGAGCAGGAAUCUCCGAUCGAAAAUCAUGAUCAAGAUUCUAUUGAUGCCUGCAGCAUUGUAGACAUUUUAUCAGAUGACAAAGAUUUACUUUGUGUUAAAAUGGCUGCUUUGCUGCAUGACUUAGGCCAUGGUCCGUUUUCUCAUUUUUGGGAAAGUCUUAUUAAGACGCACAUAGAAAUACUCAACGAAAACAGCAGCAAACACGAAAUAAACGAAUUUGUUCAUGAAGAAAUGACUAUAAAUCUUAUCGAAAUGAUGUUGAAGGAGAAUCCAACCAUUCGAGAAGAGCUGGAGCUGAACGAAGAUGAUUUGGAAUUUGUUCACGAAUUAGUUUUAUCGAAUAAAAAACGAAAGUCAAGCAGAAGCAAAAAUCCUUUGAAAAAUUUCUUCUACGAAAUUGUAUCGAACAAGCAAAACGGAAUUGACGUUGAUAAAUGGGAUUACAUACGCCGCGACAGUCACCAUGUGGGAAUUAACACCAGUUUCGAGUUCAAAAGACUCCUGAAGCUCUGCAGGGCUGAUAAUACAUGCAGUGAUAAUAAAACUCACAUAUCGUGGCCCGAACGGGAAUUCGACAACGUAUUACAGAUGUUCGAACAACGGAAAAGAUUACAUAAAAAGGUGUACCAGCAUAGGGUCAUUAAGCCAAUAGAAAGACUGUACAUAGAACUCUUCAGAACUGCCAAUGAAUUUCUAAAAGUUCCUUCAAGUAUGGAUCCAGAUGUUUCACUGCCAAUUUUAGAAGCCCACAAGGAUCCGUAUACCUUCGUGAAUAUGACAGACGGUAUACUUCAGGCUAUCAAGUUGUUCAAUCAUCCUAAAGCUGAGAUCUGCAAAAGAAUUUUGCGUAAAAUUCAGCUGCGAGACAUUGGAAAAAUAGUCUGUGAAGCGAAUGUCGACGAGUUAAGCAGCUAUAAUAAAUCAUAUCUACGAGACCUGAGAAGGAAAUUCACUUCGUACUUGCAGCUCAAGUCUAUGAAUUUACAGGGCGAUCAAAUUCUGAAAAAAGACGAACUAGAUAUCCAGUUUUACAGGACUGUUCUGGAUUUUGGCAUGAAAGGACAGGAUAACCCGAUGAACUAUGUGUGGCUAUAUUCCAAAGACCAGAAUAGCCAGACUGAAAUGGCCAAAAAUCUGGAUUGGGAGUACUGGGAUAAAAUGACUCCGAAAAAAAUCAACGAAAACAAUGUAUUUCUAUCCGCAAACUGCGCAACGGUUGAGCAAGUAAAACGAGUGGAAGAAUUGUUUGUGGAUUUUUGUUCUGAAGAGAAAGGUAUAAAACCGGUGUCAACCUACGCUGUUGCGCGACAGCGUUCAAAGCAAGAGGGAAGUACAAGAAAAUUAUUUUUGGAUCAAGUGAUAUAAUUGUUGUUGAUAUUUAUUUAGUUUCCAAUUCACUAAUUCGUUUUUUUGGAGCCCAAUAUUUCUCUUCCGAUGAAAUGUAGUUGAAAUAGCUGAUUUACUCAUGCGUAAAUAUAAUGUUAGUAGAGAAAUUUUGUGUGCUCUGCGCUCAAACUUUGCUACUCAUUUGCAAAAUUCAAUUUCUCACUGAGUGAAAUUUAUCAGGUCAAUCAAUUGCAUAACUUCUUACUGACAGCAAUUGAGCGCUGCUAUGUAAAAGAGAGUUUACAAUAUCU